GUAAUCACUUUCCCUCUCUUUGCACGUUUCUUGCCUCGGAUCUGUGCGAGACCGGCUGGGCAUUCGAGAAUAUAGCCGAAAUUGUAGGCUAGAUGCACAUCUGAAACUGUUAUUAGGAUUUUAUAUUCUUCAACAAUGUGGCAGAAACUGCUAAAUGACCAUAAACACUAAAGCACAUUUUUGAUUUUUUUAAAUCCUGGACACUGGAAAAACACAAUCUCUUUCGUCUUGUUUUGGAUUGUUUUUUGGUCAUGAAAAUGGUUUCAAAUCAGCACUAUUCGAUGGGGGUUAUGCGUUCCGUGUUGUCUCUACUGUUCUGUAUCCAGUUCGGUCUGUCUUUCUCUGUGGCUGGACAUGAGAACACCUGUGAUGCGAACGGCAGCGUCUACUAUGUGGGAGAAUGGUACUUUCUAGAAUCGGACCACUGCACGCAGUGUGAAUGCACCACAGAGGGGUCAUCUUGUGCACGGACUGAGUGUACCUCUUUGCCGGCCGCUUGCAUCCAUGUCAGCCACUAUCCCACUGACUGCUGUCCAAGAUGUGAGAAAAUAGGCUGCGAGUACCGGGGAGUGGUGUACGAACUGGGACAAAACUUCCAGCCCAAUGAGUGCGAGCAGUGUACCUGUGACAGUGACGGCAUCGCCCGCUGCCUGGUGGCAGACUGCGCCCCCCCGCCCUGCGUCAACCCUAUCUACAACAAAGGGAAGUGCUGCCCAGAGUGCCCAGAGGGGCCCAACUGCUAUGUGGAUUCAACCCGGAGCCAGGUAAUUCCAGGGGGUGAGCCAGUGUGGGUGGACUCCUGCACCAAGUGCCGCUGUCACGACUCAGGUGAUGCUGGCUACUGGGAGGGCAACCGCUUGGCCACCUGUUCCCGCGUACGCAACUGCACCCCAGAAGAGGCUAGCCAGAAGAACUGAUUAAGUAGGACCAGUCAUUUGCCCUGGUAUAGGGUGAAGUUGCCCCUAGACACAGAUUUUGGGUCAGUUUAGAAUUUCCCCCCACUAAUGGUUAAUGUUAGGAUUGGGGGAAGGGAAGCUGAUCCUAGAUCUGUACCUAGAGGAAACUUCACCCCAGACCGAUUUUCCCCUGAAUGUUUGGUGGUUAUCAGCAGGACGGUUAGAGCGUUGGGCCAGUAACUGAAAGGUCGCUGGUUCGAAUACCCGAGGCGACAAGGUGAAAGAACCGGUCAAUGUACUCUUGAGCAAGGCAAGAGAUGGUUUGGGACCAUCUCAUGAUUCUCAUCUUGUUAUUAGACCACUUUUGAUAUCUUUAAACACAUCUGAAUACCUUUGGUGUGGGAGUGAACUAUCUUUUUAACAUUAUUUGCCCAAAACAUUUCCUAAUGUAGUUGAAGGAGGGGACAGUUUGACCCAACUGAGUCUGAAGACCUCUGCUUUUGUGUGUGUACUCUAAACAAGGAUUAAGCAGGUGAAGUAGCCACAUAUUUCUACACUAGUAAGAAUGUUUCAAUGUAGUGUAGAUUAUAGGGACUAUACUACAUUUUGGGAUGUUAUACUUCUCUAGUAGUGUUAUUGAAAGAUUUUGACCAACUUUGAUGGAUAUUAAUUGAGGUAUACCAUCUCCAUCUUAUUUGAAUUAGUCAUGAAUGGAACAUUAAAUGUAUGAAAAUAAUUGAGAGGUUCUGUAAGCUAAAUGCUUGUGUAAGCAAAAUGUUUUUUUUAAUGAAUAUUAUAGGUUUGUAAACUAUAAACAAUUCACUAUCAAGAAUGUCAGAGAUUCAUAGGUAUGAACAUGAAAACGUAACAAUGUUCACUUUCUUCCUUUACGUCCAUUCUUAAGGGACCAUAGCAUGAAACCCAUUAAAGGAAAGACAUCGUUCUUCUUGUGUAUGUUGUUGUGCAGCAUAUUGGUCCAUGCUGGCAUGGAUAGACUUUAUGCCAACAUCCAAGCUUUGUCAUUUCAGGCAAGGCUCUCAUUACACUUCUCUAGUCGACUCUCCUAAUAUAGUGUCUCUUGAGUAUGUUAUUGAAGAUGUAUGUUGUUUAUCUUUUAUCCAUGCCUUUAGGAACUCCCUCCAUCCUUCAUUAAAAAAAACCCAAUGUCAACUUACA